AUGAAGUCACCUGCCACAAUAAAAGAGAUACAAAGUCUAACGGGUAGGACGGUAGCUCUCAACCGAUUCCUUUCAAGAUCUACCGACAAGUGCAUACCAUUUUUCAAAGCCUUGAAGAAGGGACACAAAGACAAGUGGGAUGACGAGUGUGAAGUAGCUUUUCAAAACUUGAAAACUUACCUCACUUCACCUCCAUUACUCUCAAAACCGAUACCAGGCGAAGACUUGUACAUCUACCUGGCGGUGUCCGACUCAGCUGUCAGCUCAGCUCUCGUCCUAGAAGAGCUGGGGGUACACCAUCCGAGAUUCUACAGUUCAAAAGCUCUCCUCGAUGCAGAGACUCGCUAUUCGAAAAUGGAAAAGCUCAUUUUUUCGCUUAUGGUUUCUGCGAGAAAACUAAGGCCCUACUAUCAGGCACACCGAAUUAUCGUCAUAACAGAAUUUCCUUUGAGAUCGAUCCUUCACAGCCCCGACGCUUCUCAGCGACUCAUGAAUUGGGCUAUUGAACUCAGUCAAUACGACCUCCUUUAUCGGCCGAAGACUACUAUAAAAGCCCAAUCUUUAGUAGAUUUUGUUGUAAAGUUUACUCCGACAGCCGAAGAAGAGAUGAUGGUCACGAAAAGCAAGGAAAAAACAGACGACACCUCCCCCACCGAUUCGAACCUACCUAACGACAUGUGGCAGUUGCAUGUAGACGGAACAUCAAAUCAUAAAGGAGCGAGAGCAGGAGUCGUCAUAAUCACCCCAGACUGA